AGACGACUAAGAUUGUUAAGGUAGAGACGCAGAGCAGAGUUUCAAACUGCUCGCUUUAUUUCAUUCUCUCGAGAUGUUCAUUUCGCUGAAGGAAAGUUAAGCAUUUGAGAAAGAUGGAAAACAUUACAAGAGGAAACUCAAAAACAAGUGUCAUGUCAAGAGAACAUUCAAGUGGGAGAAUGUCAGUUGGAAAUGAUGCUAUUCAACACUACCCAGAAAUCAAACAGCGGGGUUAUUACUCUGACAUACUGGACUCAACAGCUGACAGUUCUAUAGGGGAUGUUUUGAAUGGACCUCUGACUGAACAAGACACACUGUGGAACGUUUCUAAAGAAAAGCACACUCCUAUAGUUACAACAUUCCAAAUAGAUGAUCCCACUGAAUUUGAAGAGCAACUGAAAAAGCAGGUCUAUGGCCCAACAACUGAAAUAAAGGACACAUCGGACUUCCCCUGGAUUGCCUCGGAGCCUAAAGUCCAGCUGCCUUUCUACACAAAGCCUGGAGAGCGUCCAAGGAAAAUUGAAAUUGAAAGGAGAAGACGCCAUUAUGCAAAGCUAGACUUGCAAGAGCUGUUGAGUGACAAGGGCAUUGAAACAAAAUGUCUGAUGCCAAAAUCUCCAGAUAACAACAACAUUCUGCUGAACAGUGAUCCCAAUGACCCUGCUCCAUUCCCCAGCUUCUUACCUCUAGAGAUCUUUGACAAUGUGGAGUAUGAUUGUCGUACUCCAGAAGAGUGGCUGAGCCUUGGAGAGGAGGAUGGUGUCAGAAAACCAGUACCAGGCCUGGCUCUCAUUCCAGAGAAGAAUUCUCCCUCCACAGCUGACUUGACAGAUUCCAACAUUGUUUGGAACUGGUGCGAGGUUGGCAUGUUGGAUUAUGAUGACACAUCAAAACUCUUCCUGGUUCAGAGAGUGGACUCUAAAGGGAAGCUGAUGAAAAAUGGUACAAAAGGCAACAGCCAGAUUGAUACUGAUAAAAAAGCCCCUCAGAACUCAGCGAAUCAGUUCUGGAUACCACGCAUUCGGCUAAUGUUCAAGGCUGAGGAUCCGCAGGUAUUCGCUGCCCGCGUGGCAGAGGCCUACACAAGCAGAAAGCAAUGUGAGGCUUUGUUGCGUUACAACUUGUAUGUGGACUGUAUGCCCAUGGAUGGAGUGGGAGAGCUAGACCAGGCAUCCAUCCGACGAAUGAUAGACUGGGCAAAGGGGGCACCAGCACUCUCAAAAGACAAGGGACUGGAAGACUACAUCCAGGUGUUGGAGAAGGAGGUGAAUAUAGACUUUUGUCGCUCCAUGAACAGAAUUAUUUUUGACAAGACUGUACAAGAGGAUCCUGUGACAUUUGCAUUUGUCACUCUCCCACCCAGCGUAGUGAUUUCCACCCCAGAGAGAGCCUGCUGCAUGGAUGUGCCAGACUAUGCCUAUGAUGAGCAGUAUGACAGAUUUGCCUUCAACUCCCUGUUGACUCUACAAGAGAGUAUUCAGGCAAUUGGCAAAGUUCGUACGGAGUGUAACAAAGUGGCUGGAAUGUCACUGUUUCAUGUGCCCACAACCAAACCCAUGAGGCUUGAGGAGUUUGAUCAGACCCAGGCACAGGCCACUUCACAAGUGUCCUUGUUUCUGAAAGACAGCUGGAUCACGACUUUGAGAGCAGCUAUCAGAACCAGUCUGAGAGAUGUCGGGAAAGGGUGGUUUAACAUUCAUGAGACUAACUGGGAAGUCUACCAGAUUUCAAAGUUAAAGAAAUUCAUGGAAAUGGUUAAAUUUAUUAUGCAGGACUCACUUCGCUUCCUGGUCCAAGAUUCUCUUAGUAACUUUACACAGAUGAUCCAAGAUGCCUGCCAUUCCACAUUUCAGCUGGACAAUGAUUUUGUUUGGGGCCCGGAUGUCAUCAACAGCCGGUUCAGGCCAAAGAGAAAUGCCUUGUUCUUGGUAGAUCUAAUCCUGGAUCAUCAGGGAGUCCAUUACUCCACAAACCUCAACAGCUUUGACCAUGCCAAUGUCAUGCUCUUUGACAAGGGUAUUCUCUCCACACAGAAUGUACCACAGCUGGAGAAGUACAUCAUGGAGGAUAUCUUUUGGUCAGGCACUCCAUUACUGGAGUCAGUGGGAGAACACGAACCUUUUGUGGAGGAGUUACGCUCUGUUAUCCAGCAUGCUCUCAAGAUGUCUCUCAUCCCAAUGAAGGCCUACUGCAAGGAAUAUGAAAAGCAUUUGGAAUUGAUGAAUUUGGACAUUGCUGAGUAUAUUCAGCAAUAUGAAAAGCAAGGCCAUUCAAAUGUUGAAGUGAAGAAGGAAGUAGAAAUGCACUUGGCUGCAAAAGAACAACUUGAACAGACUAUCCCCAGUAAUGUUGUUAUUGGACCCUUCUGGGUGAACACUGAAAAUGUCAGGCAGACUCUGGGCAAGAAACGCAAAGCCCUCAGCAAUGCUGUUCUCGAGCUCUUGGCAAGACAGCUGCGGAAACAAGCUGAUGAUGCUUGUGAAGAGUUCAAAGCCAUCAGCAGGAAGCUGUAUGAGAAACCCAAUUGCAUAGAGGAAUUGGCUGACAUGAGGGAGUGGAUGAAGACUAUCCCAGAUAAGCUCAAAGAGCAUCAGGAACUGAUUGACAAGGCCAUGACAGACUAUGAACUGAUUGAAGAGUUUUACUACAGCCUCUCCACAGAUGACUUCAGUGCUAAGUGGACUGCGAUUGGCUGGCCUCACAAGAUUGAGAAACAGAUGGACCAGACAUACCAGCAGUUAGAGGAAGAUGAAGAAAGAUUCCACAAACUCCAGAAUUCAGACCAGUCCAACUUCAACGAUAGGCUGGAUACCCUACAGAUGGUUGUUGCUGGAAUGGCAGCAUACACAGACAUUAACAAAGCUCACGAGAUAGCCAAUGAAGUGCGGCGAGUUAACAAACAACUGAAGGAAGCCCAACAGUUGUCACAGACCUAUAACAACAGAGAGCGGCUCUUUGGCAUGCCAGUUACAAACUACGACAGGCUGACUAAGCUUGUUAAGGACUUUGAGCCUUAUAGAAACUUGUGGUUAACUGUGUCUGAUUGGCUGCGCUGGCAUGAGAGCUGGAUGAACGAUCCUCUCACGUCUAUCAAUGCUGAAGAAGUAGAGAAAAACGUCACGGAGGCCUUCAAAACGAUGCAUAAGUCUGUCCGCAUCUUUCAAGACAUCACCAGUGUACAAGAAGUUGCACAACAGAUUAAGGGUUGGAUUGAAGACUUCAAGCCUUACAUCCCGCUUAUCCAAGGUCUGAGAAACCCAGGCAUGAGGAACCGCCAUUGGGAACAGCUGUCGGGUGAUCUGGGCUUCCCAGUGCGCCCUAAGGCCAAUCUCACCUUUAGUAAAUGUCUGGAGCUCAAACUACAAGACCACAUUCAGGUGAUAGCGAAAGUGGCUGAGGUGGCUGGUAAGGAGUACUCCAUAGAACAGGCUUUAGAUAAGAUGGAGAAGGAAUGGGAACCUGUCCAGUUUGAGAUCCUGUCUUACAAAGAGACUGGUACAUUCAUUCUGAGAAGCUCUGAGGAGACCUCCCAGCUUUUAGAUGACCACAUCGUCAUGACACAGAGCAUGUCCUUCUCACCGUACAAGAAACCAUUUGAGGACCGCAUCAGUAACUGGGAAAGCAAACUGCGCACUACACAGGAUGUGCUGGACGAGUGGCUGAACUGUCAGAGAGCUUGGCUCUACCUGGAGCCUAUCUUCAGUUCCGAGGACAUCAACCGACAGUUGCCUGUGGAGAGUAAGAGGUAUCAGACUAUGGAGAGGAUGUGGAGGAAAAUGAUGAAGAAUGCCAAGGAGAAUCCACAGGUCAUCUCCUUGUGCCCAGACAACCGUCUGCUGGAUAACUUGCGGGAAUGUAACAAACUGUUGGAACAAGUCCAGAAAGGUCUCAGUGAAUACCUGGAGACGAAACGUAAUGCCUUCCCACGAUUCUACUUCCUGUCUGACGAUGAGCUACUGGAGAUUCUGUCACAGACUAAAGAUCCAACUGCUGUCCAGCCACAUCUGCGAAAGUGCUUUGAGAACAUUGCCAAGCUCCGGUUUGAGGAUGACUUGAAAAUUACACGUAUGUUCUCCGGAGAAGGGGAGGAGGUUGGUUUCAGGGAGACUCUCUAUCCCAAGGGCAAUGUGGAGGACUGGAUGUUAGAGAUAGAGCGAUGCAUGAAGGAAAGCUUGAGGCUUAUUAUCAAAGACUCUCUGGAAGCCUACAAGGAGACCCCACGUACAGAAUGGGUCCUCAACUGGCCCGGUCAAGUUGUGAUUGCUGGGUGUCAGACCUUCUGGUCAAGUGAGGUGUCCGAGGCUCUGGAAGAGAAGAGACUACCAGAACUACAGCAACUAUUGCUCAAACAGCUGGAUGAUUUACGGGACUUGGUGAAGGGGGACCUCAGUAAGAUUGGACGCAUGACACUGUCAGCUCUCAUCGUCAUUGAGGUGCACGCCAGGGAUGUUGUCCACAAAAUGGUGGAAGAAAAAGUCCAGAAUGCCAAUGACUUUGAAUGGAUUAGUCAGCUAAGAUACUACUGGCAUGAUGAGAAUUUGUUCAUACGUGCAGUGAAUGCAGAGUUUAACUAUGGUUAUGAGUACCUGGGGAACACAGGAAGACUGGUCAUCACUCCUCUUACAGACAGGUGUUACUUGACUCUAACUGGUGCUCUCCACCUGAAGUUUGGCGGGGCUCCAGCGGGGCCAGCAGGAACAGGCAAAACAGAGACAACCAAGGAUUUGGCCAAGGCAAUGGCAAUCCAGUGUGUGGUCUUCAACUGUUCAGAUCAGCUAGAUUUCAUGGCUAUGGGCAAGUUUUUCAAGGGACUGGCAAGCUCUGGUGCAUGGGCAUGUUUUGAUGAGUUCAACCGCAUUGACAUUGAAGUAUUAUCUGUGGUUGCUCAACAAAUUGCAACCAUUCAGAAAGCUCAACAACAGAGGGUGGACAGGUUCAUAUUUGAAGGUGUGGAGUUGAUGUUGAAACCCUCCUGUGCUGUGUUCAUCACCAUGAACCCAGGCUACGCUGGAAGAACAGAGCUACCAGAUAACCUGAAGGCAUUGUUCCGGCCUGUUGCCAUGAUGGUGCCAGAUUAUGCCCUUAUUGCGGAGAUCAGUCUCUUCUCGUUUGGCUUUGCUGAUGCCCGAGUUCUGGCCAAGAAGAUCACCACCACAUUCAAGCUGUCUUCAGAGCAGCUCAGUUCCCAGGACCAUUAUGAUUUUGGAAUGCGAGCUGUGAAAAGUGUGAUCUCAGCUGCAGGAAACCUCAAGAGACAGUAUACAGACAUGGACGAGGAACUGAUCACCUUGCGUGCCAUCCGAGAUGUAAAUGUACCCAAAUUCCUGGUGGAUGAUCUGAAACUGUUCAAUGGCAUUGUCUCUGAUCUCUUCCCCAAUAUCAAGGAGCAGCCAAUAGACUAUGGAGAUCUGGAUACUUCACUAAGAAAAACAUGCAACAAGGCCGGCAUCAAGGAUGUGCCAGGUUUCAUACACAAGUGUAUCCAGCUGUUUGAAACAACAGUUGUAAGACAUGGUCUUAUGUUGGUUGGGCCUACUGGAUCUGGGAAAACAAAGUGUUAUGAAGUGCUUAAGAAUGCCAUGAGUGCUCUGAAGGGUCAACCCUCACCCGCUGGUUUUCCAUUUGAGAACACUCACACGUACGUUCUCAACCCGAAGUCCAUUACCAUGGGCCAGUUGUACGGAGAGUUUGACAUGCUCACACAUGAAUGGACUGACGGUAUCCUGUCCACCCUGAUCCGUGUGGGGUCAGCAGCUGUGGACAAUGAUAAACGCUGGUUUGUCUUUGAUGGCCCCGUGGAUGCUGUGUGGAUUGAGAACAUGAAUACCGUAUUGGAUGAUAACAAGAAACUCUGUCUGAGCAGUGGAGAAAUCAUCAAACUUACUGAUAACAUGACCAUGAUGUUUGAGGUGCAGGAUUUGGCUGUGGCUUCUCCGGCUACUGUCAGCAGAUGUGGAAUGGUCUACCUGGAACCCAGCAUCAUUGGCUUGGAUCCUUUUGUGGAGUGUUGGCUCAAGAAGCUGCCAGACUGUAUCUAUCCGUAUCGAGAACAGCUUCAGGACCUCUUUGAUAAAUUUCUUCAUGAUACAAUCAAGUUUGUACGCAGCAAAGUGAAGGAAAUUGUAGGCACAAUGGAUAGUAACCUGACUUUCAGCUUCCUCAAACUACUAGAGUGUUUCUUCACUCCAUUCAUCCCCAAAGAGCACAAUAUCAAGUACAGGAGUAUGAGUGAACAGCCUAUCCCUGAGGAGAGACUGAAGCGUAUAGGCGAGCUGAUAGAGCCCUGGUUUCUCUUCUCCCUCGUAUGGUCCUUGGGGGCAACAGGGGACAAUGAUGGCCGCAAGAAAUUCUCGGCUUACAUCAGGGACAAGUGCACCCAAGCUGAGAUCAAGAUGCCGUUCCCUGAGGCUGGUCUGGUGUAUGACUAUACCCUGGAUGACGCUGGUAUCAGCAGCACCAAGGUUGAGGAUGAGGAAGAAGCCGGCAGUGAGAAGCAGGUUUGCUGGGUGGGCUGGAUGGAUGGAAGGCCAGAGUUUACUAUCUCAGCUGACAAGAAUUUCUCUGAUAUUAUUGUCCCCACAUUGGACACUGUGAGAAGUGCACAUAUACUAGAGAUGCUGCUGGUCAACAAAAAGACAGUACUUUGUGUGGGUCCCACUGGUACAGGCAAAACCCUGACAAUUGCUGAUAAACUAUCAAAGAGCAUGCCCAAAGAGUACACCCCAGAGUUCAUUGUGUUUUCAGCCAAAACUAGUGCCAAUCAAACUCAGGACCUGAUUGAUGGGAAGUUAGACAAGAGACGUAAAGGUGUGUUUGGACCUCCUCUUGGCAAAUAUCUGGUGUUUUUUGUGGAUGAUCUGAACAUGCCAGCCCUGGAGGUGUAUGGAGCCCAGCCUCCCAUAGAACUUGUCAGACAGUGGAUGGACUUCAAGGGCUGGUAUGAUCGCAAAGCUAUAGGCGAGUUCCGUAACCUGGUAGAUGUAAACUUUGUGUGUGCAAUGGGUCCCCCGGGGGGAGGGCGAAACCCUGUCACUGCUCGUUUGCUCAGGCACUUCAACUUCCUGGCCUUCACAGACAUGGAAAACUCCAGUAUGCAGAAGAUUUUCUCCACCAUUCUCAAAUCUUGGAUAGAUCUGACAGGCAGUGAAUUAGCAGCAAACUGUGCCCAGCUGGUGACUACUUGUAUCAACGUGUACAAUACCAUCACCACUCAGUUGCUGCCCACCCCAGCCAAGAGCCACUACACCUUCAACUUGAGAGAUCUCUCCAAGGUGUUCCAGGGGAUUCUCAUGGCCGAGCCCAACAAGAUGAAAAGCCUGGCGGACAUCCUGAGACUGUGGUACCACGAGAGCUGCCGCGUCUUCCAAGAUCGUCUCGUCAACGAUGAGGACAGGCUGUGGUUCCAAGAGCUCCUCCAGGAAAAGAUGAAAGCUGACUUCAACACUGAGGUGGGGGAGGUGAUCCCCUCAGAGCCUCUGCUCUACGGAGACUUCAUGUCACCCAGUGUGGACAGCAGGAUAUAUGCUGAGAUUACUGACCAUCAAAAGAUGGUGAAGGUGAUGGAAGACUGUUUAGAGGAUUACAAUCAAGUGAACACAGCCCAGAUGAAAUUGGUGCUCUUCAUGGAUGCUAUCAGACACGUGUGUAGAAUCAGUCGUGUGAUCCGCCAGCCCCUGGGUAAUGCCCUUCUGUUGGGUAUGGGAGGUAGUGGCAGGCAAUCCCUCACCCGUCUAGCUGCUCACAUUGCCGAAUUUGAUUGUUUCCAAAUUGAACUGGCCAAAAAUUAUGGCAUGGCUGAAUGGAGAGAGGACUUGAAAACCGUGAUGAUGAAAGCUGGGCUGGAAAAUAAACCUGUUGUCUUCCUGUUCAGUGACACUCAGAUCAAGAGUGAAUCGUUCUUGGAGGACAUCAACAACAUUCUGAAUGCUGGUGACGUACCUAAUAUCUACGGGUUUGAUGAGCUUGAUCAGAUUUACACAGCUCUCAAGCCUGUGGUUCAGGACGUGGGACUCCAGCCUACAAAAACCAACCUGUUCUCACAAUACACCAAGAGAGUGCGUAGUAACCUCCACACAGUCAUAACUAUGAGCCCCAUUGGAGAGGUGUUCCGUGCCCGGCUGCGUCAGUUUCCUGCGCUGGUUAACUGCUGUACCAUUGACUGGUUCAGUGAGUGGCCAGAUGAUGCCUUGAGGUCAGUGGCUUUGCGCUUCCUAGCUGACAUUGUGGAGCUGGAUGGAGAAGACAAGAUUCUGGAGGGACUUGUGGGCAUGUGUCAAGAGAUCCAUCAGUCUGUCAUCAAGAAUUCCGCCCGCUUCCUUAGUGAACUCUCCAGACAUAACUAUGUCACACCCACAAGCUACCUGGAGCUUCUCGGCAUAUUCUCCAAACUGAUUGGAAUGAAAAAGAAUGAACUGAACACGGCCAGAAACAGAACCAAGACUGGCUUGGACAAAUUGUUAACAACAGCAGAUGAAGUGGCCAAACUGCAAGAGGAGUUAGAGACCAUGAGGCCACUGCUGGAGGAGGCCGUGAAGGAGUCUGUGGCCACCAUGGAACAAAUAGCCAAGGAUACGACCAUAGCUGAAGAGACGAAAGCUGUGGUACAGAAAGAGGAAACACAAGCAACUGCCAAAGCAAAGGAAACCCAGGCAAUAGCUGAUGAUGCUCAGAGAGACUUGAAUGAAGCCCUGCCAGCUCUGGAUGCAGCCCUUGCCAGUCUGAAAUCCUUAAACAAAAAUGAUGUAGUAGAGGUGCGUGCCAUGAUGAGGCCUCCUGAUGGUGUACGGCUGGUCAUUGAGUCUGUCUGCAUCAUGAGAAACGUCAAACCAAAGAAAGUUGCUGGAGAAAAGCCUGGUCAAAAAGUAGAUGACUAUUGGGAGCCAGGGAAGGCUUUGCUGCAAGAUCCUACCAAAUUUUUGGAGAGUCUGUUUAAGUAUGAUAAAGACAACAUACCAGAUGAUGUUAUCAAGAAGAUUCAACCUUACAUUGAUGACGAGGCUUUCCAGCCAGCAGCUAUUGCAAAGGUCUCUAAAGCUUGCACCUCUAUCUGCCAGUGGGCACGAGCCAUGCACAAGUAUCACUUUGUUGCUAAAGGUGUGGCUCCAAAGAGAGAGAAGCUAAGGAUUGCCCAGCUGGAUCUUGAAGAGACGCAGCGAAUCCUGGAUGCUGCUAAGGCCAGGCUGCAGGAGGUGGAAGAAGGCAUUGCUACGCUGGAGGCCAAGUAUGAGGAUUGUGUGAACAAGAAGGAUGAGCUGGAGAGGAAAUGUGCAGAGUGCGAGGGUAGACUGGUCCGAGCUGAUAAGCUCAUAGGUGGGCUAGCGGACGAGAAAGAAAGAUGGAAGGAAUCUGUGGACCACCUAAACAAAGUUAUCGGGAACAUUGUGGGAGAUGUGUUAGUGUCUUCAGGCUUUGUUGCCUACCUCGGACCUUUCACUGGUGAAUAUCGUAAUGACAUGUUGACUGAAUGGGUCAAAAAGCUGGACGUGUACAGUGUGCCACGGACAGAGGAACCCUCCCUGAUUGGCACCCUGAGUGACCCAGUGAAGAUCCGCAGCUGGCAGAUUGCUGGCCUCCCCAAAGAUAACCUUUCUGUGGAGAAUGGUGUCAUUGUCCAGUACUCCCGUCGCUGGCCCCUCUUUAUCGAUCCCCAGGGACAGGCCAACAAAUGGGUGAAGAGCAUGGAACGUGACACUGGGAUUGAUGUUAUCAAACUGUCUGACAAAGACUUCUUAAGAAGUCUGGAGAAUGCUGUAAGGUUUGGAAAGCCUUGUCUACUGGAGAACGUGGGUGUUGAACUGGAUCCAGCCCUGGAGCCUAUCCUCCUCAGACAGACAUUCAAGCAGCAAGGCAGUCUGGUGAUCAAACUUGGGGAUGCUGUGAUUCCCUACCAUGAUGACUUCAAGUUUUACAUCACCACAAAGCUGCCCAAUCCACACUAUACACCAGAGGUCUCUACCAAAGUCACCCUGGUGAACUUUACAUUGUCACCCAGCGGUCUUGAGGAUCAGAUGUUGGCCAUUGUGGUGGCAGAAGAGAGGCCAGACUUGGAGGAGGCUAAGAACCAGCUGAUUGUGAGCAAUGCUAAGAUGAAGCAGGAGCUGAAGGAGAUUGAGGACCGUAUCCUGUACAGACUGAGCGCUUCUGAGGGCAGCCCUGUGGAUGAUGUUGACCUCAUCCAAACCCUGGAGGCCUCCAAACUCAAAUCACAGGAAAUCCAGGCCAAGGUACAGGUGGCUGAGCAGACAGAGGUGGACAUUGACAAGACUCGCAGUCAGUACAUACCAGUGGCUGUCAACACGCAGAUCCUGUUCUUCUGUGUGGCUGACAUGGCUAGCAUUGACCCCAUGUACCAGUACUCCUUGGAGUGGUUCAUCAACAUCUUCCUUGCUGGUAUUGCCAAUGCUGAGAGAGCAGACAAUAUUCCCCAGAGAAUAAAGAAUAUCAACAAUUACUUCACGUUCAGCUUGUACUGUAAUGUGUGUCGCAGUUUGUUUGAGAAACACAAGCUUUUGUUUGCCUUCCUGCUCUGCGCCAGAAUCAAGAUGGACAAGGGAACCAUUGACAUGGAUGAGUGGCGUCAUUUAUUAGCUGGAGGAACAAAUCGCCCCAAAGACUUGCCAAACCCGACACCUGAAUGGCUCUCUCAGAAGUCCUGGAUUGAAUUCCUGACCUUGGCAUCUCUGCCAAAGUUUGCCAGCUUUGCGGAGGAGUUUUCAGACCUGGCCGAUGGUUUUAAACAGAUCUUUGACAGUGCUGAACCCCAGAGGGAGGAUCUACCAGGUAAAUGGAAGGAGGAGUUAGACACCUUCCAGAAGCUGUUGGUGAUUAAGGCACUCCGUCCAGACAAACUGACAAAUGCCUUCCAGGAGUAUGUCUCUGAGAACCUGGGGCAAAGGUUCAUUGAACCUCAGACAGCAGACCUGCAUGUGGUGUACAAAGAGUCCUCCCCCACCACCCCGCUCAUCUUUGUCCUGUCUGUGGGUACUGACCCUGCUGCUGACCUCUACAAGUUUGCUGAGGAGAUGAGAUUUGCCAAGAAACUAUCUGCCAUCUCACUUGGACAAGGACAGGGUCCUCGUGCUGAGGCUAUGAUGAGAAGUGCCAUGGAGAGAGGCAAGUGGGUUUUCUUCCAGAAUUGUCACCUGGCCCCCAGUUGGAUGCCUUCCCUUGAGAGACUCGUCGAACAGAUUGACCCAGACAAGGUUCACAGGGAUUUCCGGUUGUGGUUGACUAGUAUGCCCAGCGGAAAGUUCCCAGUGUUCAUUCUUCAGAAUGGUUCAAAGAUGACAGUUGAACCUCCGAGAGGAAUCAAAGCCAAUCUUUUAAAGUCUUAUACCAGCCUGAAUGAUGACUUCCUCAACUCCUGUGGAGAAAAGACGGUUGAUUUCAAGUAUCUGUUGUUGUCUCUCUGCCUUUUCCAUGGCACUGCUCUGGAGAGGAGAAAGUUUGGACCCCUGGGAUUUAACAUCCCAUAUGAGUUUACUGAUGGAGAUUUGAGAAUCUGUAUCAGUCAGCUGAAGAUGUUCUUGUUGGAGUAUGACAAGGAAACACCAUUCAAGGUGCUGACCUACACGGCUGGUCACAUCAACUAUGGAGGCCGUGUGACGGAUGACUGGGACAGACGUUGUCUGAUGAAUAUCCUGGAUGAUUUUUACUCACCUGAAGUUAUGAGUGAAAAUCACUCAUACUCAGAGUCCGGCAUUUACAGACAAAUCAAUCCCUCUAUGGACCAUAAUGGAUACAUGAGUUAUCUGAAAAGUUUACCCAUCAAUGACACACCCGAAAUAUUUGGGCUUCACGAAAAUGCUAACAUCACCUUCGCACAGAAUGAGACCAUCCGUGUCUUGUCCAGUCUGCUGGCUCUUCAGCCUAAGACUGCCAAAGGGGGAGGCAAAUCCAGGGAGGAGAUUAUGGAAGAGACAGCCAGGACUAUCCUGGAACAGGUACCAAAGGCCAUCAACAUAGAGGAGGUGAUGGAGAAGUACCCAGUGAUGUAUGAACAGUCUAUGAACACUGUGCUUGUUCAAGAGGUCAUUCGCUACAACCGAUUACUGACAGUGAUUCACAGAAGCCUACAAGAUUUGCUGAAAGCUCUCAAAGGUCUGGUAGUGCUGUCCCAGGAACUGGAGAACAUGGCUAACAGCCUGUACAUUAAUGUAGUGCCAGACAUGUGGGCAGGCAAGGCCUAUCCAUCCCUCAAACCCCUAGCCUCCUGGGUGGUAGACUUGACAGCUCGGAUGAACUUCAUCCAUGACUGGAUAGACAAUGGAAUCCCAAGCGUUUAUUGGAUUUCUGGAUUCUUCUUCCCACAAGCCUUCCUCACAGGCACUCUGCAGAACUAUGCCAGAAAGAGUGUCAUUUCUAUUGACACCAUUUCGUUUGAGUUCAAGGUGAUGAGUGAAGCAAGCGAUGACCUGAAGCAGGGGCCUGAGGACGGAUGUUACAUCAGGGGGCUGUUUGUAGAGGGCGCUCGCUGGGACCCCGUCAGCUUCCUGUUAGCAGAAUCCAAACCUAAGGAACUCUUCACAGACAUGCCCGUCAUGUGGCUCAUUCCCAAGGCCAACAGGGUCCCGGCCACAACAGGCUUCUAUGAAUGCCCUGUAUAUAAGACCCUCACACGAGCAGGUACACUUUCCACCACUGGCCACUCUACCAACUUUGUGUUUGCUGUGGAGAUUCCCUCAGACAAACCUCAGAAGCACUGGAUCAAAAGAGGCGUGGCUCUACUCUGUGCCCUUAAUUAUUAAAUCAUUUCAGAAUUACGUGGAAUAAACUGCUGUACACUUAUUCAGUCACCCAGUGAAAUAUUCUUCUUUCAAACCUGAAUUUGAUAUUUGACUACUUUUUCUGUGAUACAUUUUCUGUGAUACAAGAGCUUAUUGUUAUUUCAACUGUAAACAACUUAAGAUUUGUAAGAUGGGUGGGAGAUUAAGUUAAACUCUCUAGAUAACACAAUUAGACAUUGCUCUCUGUUAAUUAAGCAGUUGCAAGGUUAAGUAGUUCUUUGGUUAUGCAUGUACAUCUGAUGUACAGGCUCAUAUACCUGGUCUGUAUGUGUUAACAGAUUAUUUUACCACACUGUGAUACAAUACAUUUCUGAGACUCUAUUGACUGUUUGUUGGGUGAGUUUUCCUUUAGUCCUUAAAACAUUAUAGGUACGUUAUAGUUAAGUGCUAAGUGGAUAUUGUAUUCAGAUCUGUCUGACAUUCCAUUUAUCUUGAGAGAAACCUAGAUUGGUGUUCCAUUCUUAACAGUAUAAUUUGGUUGGAUAAACAACUGGUAAUGUUCAUUCAAAAAAAAAAAUGUCAUUGUCAAAAAUGGCAAAACAAAUAAACCAGAUUGUUACAGUUCACGAUUUUGGUAUUUUGGGAUACAUACAACCUUUGUUUGUGUUCAUGAAAAAAAAACAAAAA